CCGGGGUUAUAUUAUUACAAAACCGAACGAAAGUACGAACGAAUAGAAGGCCACCAAGUUACAUCAACAUAGAGAGAAAAAGGACGAAAUUCACAAGAAUAAUGGCUUCAUUAGUGAGAAAGCUUUCAUGGCGUAUCAACCCAAUUGUCCAGUCCUUUCGGGCUCUCAGCACAAAGCCAGGAACAGCGACAUCAGGAGAAGCAAACGAACAGAAUUUCGGAGGAAUUAAUUUUCAAUUAUCCCCAGAACAAAAUGAAUUCAAAGAAACAGCCCGAAAAUUUGCCAGAGAAGAAAUUAUUCCUAAGGCAGCAGAGUAUGACAGAACGGGAGAGUACCCAUGGGAGGUCAUCAAGAAGGCGUGGGCUCUUGGGCUGAUGAACUCUCACAUUCCUGAGGACUGCGGUGGCCUUGACCUGGGCAUCCUGGAGUGCUGCACCAUCACGGAGGAGCUGGCCUAUGGCUGCACGGGUAUUCAAACAGCCAUCGAGGCUAACUCUCUCGGGCAAAUGCCUGUGAUCAUUGCGGGAAAUGAGGAGCAGAAGAAAAAAUACCUGGGUCGGAUGACGGAAGAACCACUUAUGUGUGCGUACUGCGUGACGGAGCCUGUGGCUGGGUCGGACGUGGCGGGGAUCAAAACGCGCGUGGAGAAGAAAGGCGACGAGUACAUCCUGAACGGCUCCAAGAUGUGGAUCACCAACGGCUCGGUGGCCGACUGGUACUUUGUUCUGGCCCGCAGCAGCACCGACCCCAAGCUGCCGGCGGGGAAAGCCUUCACGGGCUUCAUUCUGGACGCCAACACCCCUGGUGUCAUCAUGGGCCGGAAGGAGCUGAACAUGGGCCAGAAGUGUUCGGAUACAAGAGGAAUCACAUUUGAAGAUGUGCGCAUCCCUAAAGAGAAUUUACUUGGAGCUGAAGGAAUUGGAUUCAAAAUUGCCAUGGGAGCCUUUGACAAGACCAGGCCACCGGUUGCGGCGGGCGCUGUAGGUUUGGCCAAGCGGGCGCUGGAUGAGGCCACAAAGUAUUCCCUGGAGAGGAAGACCAUGGGCAAACCCAUCUGUGAGCACCAAGCUGUGGCCUUCAUGCUGGCUGACAUGGCCAUCGGGGUGGAGACGGCGCGCCUCAUCAUGCAACGGUCAGCCUGGGAGGUGGACCAAGGUCGUCGCAACACCUACUAUGCGUCCAUCGCCAAGGCCUUCGCCGCAGACAUUGCCAACAAGUGCGCCACAGACGCUGUGCAGAUUUUUGGUGGUAACGGCUUCAACUCGGACUACCCAGUGGAGAAGCUGAUGAGAGACGCCAAGAUCUACCAGAUUUACGAGGGGACUGCCCAGAUCCAGCGGCUGAUUGUGUCGAGAGAGCUGCUCACUGCGGCCAAGGGCUCGUGGUAGAGGAAGAGUUACACAGAGCCUCACAGCUGCACAGUGAUAUCUCUGCGUUGUGUGCUUGGACUGAACAUGGGUAGUGAGAAAAGGGGGUGCCAUUUUUGUCAGAAAAUGUGUUGUUCUUGAACUUGAAAAAAGUUUUGAGAUUUGUUUUUUGGCUUUUUUUGCUUUUAGUGAAUAUAUCUUGUUUGCUUUAGAUUCAUGACUGAUGUCAUGAUUUUGUAUGGAUUUUUUUCUUUUUUUCUGGCAAGAUAGUUUAAAUCAUAUAGACCCAGUUAAUUUCUGUGAUGUUUACACUUCAUUUCUUUGAGAAUCUUUGUCAAAUUUACACAGCUUCCCCUAUAGUUGCUGCUCCCUUUGUACACUUUUUUGGUUCUUGUCUGUUUUUUUAAGUUGCCUCUGUUGACACCCCAUGUCACCCUGGUAACACAUUUGUUUGUAUAUUUGGUUGUUAGCACGCUGGUUUGUUUGUUCUGCUUGUUUUUUUUCAAAUUGUUUUUGUUUAAAAAAACCACAACAAAAUUAUGAAGUGUUGUAUGCAUAGUUUUUUUUAUUUGGUUCCUUUGUGUGGUGAAGAAGUAAGUGCUUUGAAUGUCUUAAGACUUACUUGUGGCACUGUGUGGGUCCAAUUGGAGGUAUUAUGAUGAAGGUAUAGGCUCUUAUAGGGCAUUUGCAGGGCUGGACUCUGUGCUUCAGAUGUUUGCAAAAUUUGAUGACUGUGAAGAAAAUGAAGGAAACGAAAGUGUUGGAAUUAUCAUGCUGUCUGUGAAAGUACUUUGAAAGUCUUUCCCUGUCAUGAAUGUAUAUGUAAAACUAUGCAAAAAUGUUUGAGAUCAUGAUGAUUUGGAUGCUGCAAGUUUAUUAGAACUUGUCACCUGUUUCUUGUUGUUCCUUUAGAUCUUUUGGCAUAAUACCUGUUCUCAGGUGCUGGAUGGUUGGUGGCUGCUCUGGUGGGGUUUGCUCCUUCUCUCCUAUCGAACAUCGUGGAAGUACAUUGUGUUACUAUGUGUGGAUUUCUUGACGCUCAACUUUCAGUGGAGAUUGCUUCACGCCAUAAUACUUUCUCGGGGGUGCUUGUCACUCUCUCAAAGGUUACUUGGUGGAAUAGGCAGUUGUUUUUAUUUAUAGGCAAAGACUUUCGUUUUAUCAUAUCUUCGCCUUAGAACUAUUUAGUCCAAAGUGCCUCUUUACUUUGGUACACUUUGGAUGAAAUAGCUCUGAGGUGACGAUAUGUAUAUAUAUAUUUCCUCAUGAUGUACGUAUCUGCCAUCCGGUACGAAAAAAACGUUUGAUAUGUUUUGAAGGGUUUAUGAGCUCAUUGAGAUUAUUUGAUAACAGAUUGUUUUUGGCUGUAUGACAACUUUGGUUAACUAUUAUUUGAUACUCUACUUAUUUUGUCUUUUCUUUUUAGUGGAAUAAUAAUAGAAAUGAUAAACAGAUUUUUUAAAGAAACAUAUAUAUACAUAUAUAUAGCAUGAUCAAAGUUUUUUGGGAUUGUUGUUGCUUGGAGUUGUGCACAUAAAGAUGCUCCUUUUCAAGCUGCGAGAGAAUUCAAGUUUUAUUUAAUUGUAAUCAUGGUAUUAUCCUCCAAGUAUAUCAUAUCUUUCUUUAUAUCCGUUUUUCUCUUGAGACUGAGACCUUUGUACAUAAUUGUGUGAAUGUGAUCAUGAUGAUGCAUGUUCGCCGAGUCAUCAGAAGCUCUGUCCAGUGUGAACCGAUGAAUUGUGAUUGUGAAGUUUUUGUGAUGCUGUGCUAUUACUCCGUUUGACCGCAGGUAAUAAACUUGUAAGGAAAAAAUC